CGGGGAGGGGGGAGCACCCACCCACCCCUCCGCACACAACAUGGGCGGGCUCAGGGCGGCUCCGCCCUCCCCUCCCCGGAAGUGCAGUGGUAGGAGCCGCCGGCACGGUCACGUGAGCAGCAGCAUGGCGGCGUGCGGAGUGUGACCGGAGAGAGCCCCGACAAAGGCCUGCGUGCGACCAGGGCUCCGUCUGCCCCGGCGCCAUGGUGACAGCGGAGGAGGUGGCGGCCAUCGGCCGGACGCUGGUGGACGCGGCGCAGCCCCUGCCCGCCCGGUUCCGGGCACUCUUCACCCUGCGCAACCUGGGCGGGCAGGAGGCCGUGGAAUGGAUCGGCCGGGCCUUCGGGGACGGCUCUGCCCUGCUGAAGCAUGAGCUGGCCUACUGCCUGGGGCAGAUGCAGGACGAGGCGGCCAUCCCUGUGCUCGUCCGGGUGCUGGAGGACACCAGCCAGGAGCCCAUGGUCAGGCACGAGGCAGGUGAAGCCCUGGGUGCCAUUGGGAAUCCAAGUGUGCUGGGUAUCCUGAGACGCUAUUCGGAGGAUCCCGUGGUUGAGGUGGCGGAGACGUGUCAGCUGGCAGUGAGGAGGCUGGAGUGGCUGCAGGAGAACAAGCAGGAGCCAGGUGGCAGCCCCUACCUCUCCGUGGAUCCCGCUCCCCCUGCCGAGGAGACGGACGUCGCCAAACUCCGCGAAACCCUCCUGGAUGAGUCGCGCUCGCUGUUCGACCGCUACCGCGCCAUGUUUGCCCUGCGAAACCUGGGGGGCCAGGCUGCUGUGCUGGCGCUGGCGGACGGCCUGCGCUCCGGCAGCGCCCUCUUCCGCCACGAGAUCGGGUACGUGCUGGGCCAGCUGCAGGAUGAGGCCUGUGUCCCACAGCUGACGGCCGCCCUGCGGGACCGCAGCCAGAGCCCCAUGGUGCGCCACGAGUGCGCCGAGGCCCUGGGCUCCAUUGCCCGCCCCUCCUGCCUGGAGACCCUGCGAGCCUUCGCCCGUGACGAGGAGCGGGUGGUGCGGGAGAGCUGCGAGGUGGCCCUGGACAUGUACCAGUAUGAGAACAGCACCCAGUUCCAGUACGCCGACGGGCUCUGCAAGCUGCAGGCCUCCUCCUGAGCCCUGGAUGAGAUGGUGGGGGGUGGGGGGCAAGGGAGGGGACAGGGUGCGCUGCCUCCCACCCCCUCUGUCUGCGCUUUCAUGGCCGCCUCCAUCGCCGUGGAGCCGUGCCUCGCUGUGGUGGAGGUGGAGGAGGAACUGGAUUUGCUCUCUGGCACAAUUACAGCCGCCUUCUCCCUCCAAAUCCAGGCUGAACUGUUACAUGCCCCCCCUUUUUCCUGGUUCUGCCCCUUUUUUCCCUGCCAGGACCAGCACCCUGUGCCUGCAGCCUGGCUCGGGGCUUGGACCAGGUGGGCUCCGCUCUGCACGUCGGAGCCUGUCGCAGCCGCGCAGGGCCCGGGGCUGCCCUUGGGCUUGUGCUGCCGUGGCGGCUCGGUGUGAAACACUCCAAUUUCCCCACCCGAGCUUUGCUGGGGGGGGCCAGGGCUGGCUUUGGGCACCGGCUCUCAGAGGCUGGAGUGGCGCGAUGCCUCAAAAAUAGCCCUUGGUGCUGGUGCUGAGCCGGGUCCCUCCUCACCUCUGCGGUGGAGACGCUGCUGUGGGUUUGGCCUCUCCUGUCGGGACAGGCCAGGGCUCUGCUUUUUGCCUUUGCCCUGGGAUGGGGGUUGUUUCAUGGCAAAGUUUUGGGAAGAUUUG